ACGUUCUCCUUCGGCCUGCAGCCCGUAGAACGGUUCUGUCUCUGACUCCGCCUUCGCUCGCUUCAGGCUUAGAGAAGGAGGGGACGGAGCAGAGCAGAGGAGGAGCUUCUGCCGUGUCGCGCGCCGCAGAGUCGGUUACGCGAGCCCCCCUCCUCGCGCCUCAGUGGCGGGGUCGUCAACCGCCGCCCUCACCAUGAUUAAAGCGAUCCUCAUUUUCAACAACCAUGGGAAGCCGCGCCUUUCCAAAUUCUAUCAGCGCUAUAGUGAAGAUAUACAGCAACAGAUUAUCAGAGAAACAUUCCAUUUAGUAUCAAAACGUGAUGAAAAUGUUUGUAAUUUCUUAGAAGGAGGCUUAUUAAUAGGUGGAUCUGACAACAAAUUGAUAUAUCGCCAUUAUGCUACAUUGUACUUUGUUUUCUGCGUUGAUUCUUCUGAAAGUGAACUUGGGAUUCUAGAUCUAAUACAAGUUUUUGUAGAAACUUUAGACAAGUGUUUUGAGAAUGUCUGUGAACUGGAUUUAAUUUUCCAUGUGGAUAAGGUUCAUAAUAUCCUGGCUGAAAUGGUGAUGGGCGGAAUGGUUUUGGAGACCAACAUGAAUGAAAUAGUCACCCAAAUUGAUGCUCAAAAUAAACUGGAAAAAUCUGAGGCUGGUUUAGCAGGAGCCCCAGCCCGGGCUGUGUCAGCUGUAAAGAAUAUGAAUCUUCCUGAGAUCCCAAGAAAUAUUAAUAUUGGUGACAUCAGUAUAAAAGUGCCAAACUUGCCCUCUUUUAAAUAAUUUGUGCACUCCAGGUAAAAAAUGAAAAAUUACUAGCUGCUCACAAAUGUUUACCAAACCAAUGUUUUGUUAAU